UCUAUAGGAUUUAAGAAGAUUUUAUUCAUGUGCAUGGCAUAGAAGAUGAAUUCUUCCUCCUCCACCAUGAAUGAAGAACCUGAUGCUCUAUCGGUAGUUAACCAGCUACGGGAUCUAGCAGCAGAUCCAUUAAAUAGAAGAGCCAUCGUCCAGGAUCAGGGAUGUCUGCCUGGCCUUAUUUUAUUUAUGGACCAUCCGAAUCCCCCUGUUGUCCACUCAGCUUUACUUGCUCUUCGAUACUUGGCAGAAUGCCGUGUGAACAGAGAAAAGAUGAAAGGAGAACUGGGGAUGAUGUUGAGCUUGCAAAAUGUUAUACAGAAGACUACAACUCCGGGAGAAACAAAACUUCUGGCCUCUGAAAUCUAUGACAUUCUUCAAUCCUCCAAUAUGGCAGAUGGUGAUAGUUUUAAUGAAAUGAAUUCACGUCGAAGGAAAGCUCAGUUUUUUCUGGGAACUACAAACAAACGUGCCAAAACUGUGGUUUUGCAUAUAGAUGGUCUUGAUGAUACGUCACGGAGAAAUCUAUGUGAAGAGGCUUUGUUAAAAAUUAAAGGUGUUAUUAGCUUUACGUUUCAAAUGGCUGUUCAAAGAUGUGUGGUGCGAAUCCGUUCAGAUUUGAAAGCAGAGGCUUUGGCAUCAGCGAUAGCGUCAACCAAGGUGAUGAAAGCUCAGCAAGUUGUGAAAAGUGAAAGUGGAGAAGAGAUGUUGGUUCCAUUCCAAGAUACUCCUGUGGAAGUAGAACAGAAUACAGAGCUGCCCGACUACCUGCCUGAGGAUGAGAGUCCUUCAAAGGAGCAGGACAAAGCAGUGUCCCGGGUUGGCUCACACCCAGAGGGUGGAGCUGGCUGGCUGAGCACAGCUGCAAACUUUUUAUCCAGAUCAUUUUACUGGUGACUUCAAUUUGGGGCUCAAGGACUGUGUGAACCAACAAGGGGCCAGUUUUCCAUUGUUGUGGUGAACUGUCAAGUGCAAUUUGCAAUAAGUUAUCAUGAAAAGUUUUUAGAUUACAUGAUUGUGUAUGCUGCAUUAUACAUUUUAUUGGACAUUUUACCCACUGAGUGGCAAAAAGGGCAGAGGUGACAGGUGGAAUUGCUUUGUUUAUGAAGGUAUUUUGGUUUUGUUUUCCUUUGCUUAAUUGCCUCACUUUUUAAAAAUCAUGGGUCCACUGUUAAAACCAAACAUGUAUGUGCAGCUUUACAUUUUAUUUUACAUGAUGCACAUGAUUAGGAAAACUCAUUUUCUCCUCAAGUCUCAGGACCUAUCUGAAGAGAAGUUUUUUUGUAGCUAGCUCACGUUGUGCAUGAAGUACCGAACAUUUUUCUCUGCUUUUUUUCAUGAAGGAUACAUGCUUUGGUACUCUUCACUAAAAGUUGAAAACAUUUUUUGUUACCCCUCUUUUGUGCCUUUUUAAUUUUGCCAACCAGGUUUAUAGAAAGGAUAUUACUAAUGAUAUUUUGCAAAUUAAAAUAUGUUCAUUUGAACAUAAUAGUCCCCUAUAAAUACAACUGUACAAAAUCUUUUUAAUCUUAUUAUAAUUUUAAUAAGAUUAAAACAAAAUCAAUUGAGAAGAAGGAAACAUGUAUAUUAGCAAAGUGCUUUUGGAGACUGUUUGAAUGUGACCAAAUGUGGUUCUAGUUGUCUACUGUUCACUUUGGUUUAUAUCAGCUCUUGAGAGUUAAGUCCACCAUGAUAUCGUGAAUAACUGUAAAUGGCCUCUAGGCCUUACUUUGUGGUUAUACACUAUUUACUGCUUGAAAAAAAUAAUAGUAGUAAAGAACUGACAAACUUGAAAAAAGGAAACAAAAAUUGAACGCCUAUUAUGCCGCGGUGCCACUUUGGUAGAGUCUAACUUUAAAACGUGAAUUGCUUGGUAGAAGCUUAUUCAGUAGGUAUUUCCUUAUAUUGCCUUUUGUGAGUUUAUUAUGAAAAUGCUGCAGUCAUAUUGAAUGAAAAAUUACCCAAAUUAUUGCUUAUAAAGAAAUAAAGCCAGCAUUGGUCACUUAAUCUUGUUUCUCAUGUCCAGCCAAAAAAAAAGGAACUUCUGUGAAGGUAAGAUAAAUAAAUAUGUAUACAUAUAUAUAUAUUUUUUGGUAGGUGAGAGCUAAUUAUACAUAUGCAGUGCUUUAUUAGAUUUCUGAAAUAUUUGUCAACUAAAUUUUUUUUGGAAACCCAACUAAAUCCAGAUACAUUUUUAUGUUAAUGUGGUUAAAAACUAAUAGGAAGAAAUUGAAAUUAUUUUUAUCAACCUGUAGAGCUGCUGUUUACUACUUGGAGAAUGUGAAAUGAAAAUUGGAUCCCGAAUGGUUUCCUUGUUUUCAUUGCUUCUCUUUUAGAGAAAAUUAAAAUUACCCAUUGUCACUGGAGAAAAAAUAAUUGCAAAAUAUCAUCACUAGUGAGGGUCUUGAGUUCACUAAUGUUGUGACCUUUUUGAGGGAAAGUUAUUGAGGGAAUUGAGAACAAUAUUUCUUCAUGUGUUUGGUCUUUGAUGCAGGUGACACGCACAAACUGAAAAUACAAGCUUUCAGGGCACACAUUGCUCUAAAUGCAUAAUACAACUUGCUGCCAGAACCAGAUGUGUUGAAAAAUAAAACAAAACCACCUCCUUUCUAUAGCCAUUAAAGCAAAGUUUACUGUUUUAACAAUUUUGUACUUUAUUUUGCAUUGCCACAUAUCUGCUUAUUUGAAAAACUAUGUCCCUUUGGAAGUAGUGGUUUCAGUGCAAGUAGGAAUUACAGCUUGAUGUUUGUGUGUUGUAAUUCUAAGUGUUCUUUUAUUCCAGGUCUUAUAGAGCAGUUAAGGCAACUAUAACAGCAGUUUUUGAAAUAUGUUGUAAAAUAAUUAAAGGAAACAUAAUUAAAAUUGAAUGGAUAUUGUA